AUGACCAAGAUAUUCGAACCCUGCGCGUCCCUGUCCAAGGCGGACAAUGAGUACAUCACUCGCCUGGUCAACCUGAAUCUUCUCAAGAUCCACGCCCUGGGUGUCGCCGGCACUGCGAAGACGAGUCCUCGCGGCCGACCCGCUGCCGUCGACACCCACGCCUACGAAGCUGCCCUGGCCCGGAGCCACAAAGUCCUCGAGGCCGUCGAGCUGCUGGGCCGGCCCGAGCUCCUGGCCAAGGUGUACCUCUACCGGGGGCAUUGCUUCUACAACCUGCAGCAGUGGAAGAGCGCGCACGAGUGCUAUGUGCGCGCGGCGAGCCACCGCCCGGCGCAGGAGCUCGUCGAGGUCCGGACGAGGGAGUGUCUGGACAAGAUGGGAAGAACGUCCAGUCGGGAUCCUCCUCCGGCAGUACUCUGUUGUGGAAUGGGAGGAGGGUGUGUAGCCGGUGCCAGCAACGCCAGUGUUGAUGGAAGCGAGAGUGAUAUCUGGCUCCAGUUGGCAGAUGAAGAGUCUAGUGAUGGUCACGUUGACGAUUGCCCAACGCUGAGCCAGGCUGACAGCGUCAAACCGAAGCUGAGACGCAUUCAGGGAAGUAUCGCGUCAAUGAAGUAUUCGUCUUCGUAA